AUGGCCGCGAACACCAGUUCACGCGGGCACCCACUUCAACACGAGGUUCUUGUGUCGCCGAUUUCUGACGAGAUAAAUUAUUCGCCCAUACCGAAUGCCGAGAUGAAGUCGAAGACGUGGGAAACAACAGUGACUCGAGUUCCAAGCUGGCCUGAGCAAGCGAGGCAACUGAAGAAGCAUCAUCACGAUUGGGUUACAGUUCUAUUCGCACUCGGCGAUGUAAUACUCGUUGUACUGCCCAUAUACUUCGUCUUACUCGGCGUCGCUGUUGUCACGUUGAAUGGCAAAGUUGUCGAAGGAAACGCCUUUGCCACCAAGGUCACAUCAGCUAUUCAACUAGGCCCUACAUUGUUUCCGAUCAUGUUUGCAGCGAUAUCCGGCCGCAGCAUGAAGAUGAUAGCAAGGUACUUGGCCGAGAAGGGGGCCAAGCUCAGUACACUCGAGCUAUUGAUGGCCAGUCAAUCCGUCUGGGGGACAGUUGAGAGUCAAUUCUUGAUGCGUCGACUUACUAUAGUGGGCGUGAAUCUCUUGUUCCUGUGGGCAAUGUCUCCCUUAGGUGGUCAAGCAUCACUCCGCCUUCUGGAAAGAUCUACAAGUACGGAUUCCACCUUCAUGCCACUUCGCUAUCUUUCCACAGGUGCUGGGUCCGCUGUCUGGGCUAUGACCAGUGGCACUUAUGUGGAAAACGAUGGGGCUCUUACACAAGUCGAACCACUCUAUGCUGCCGCUUUAUUUGGCUCAGACGAGGUUAAGAGAGGAGCCGAGGAUACCUGGGGGAACGUGAAGAUACCCUUCAUGUACGAUCUCAAUUCGUCCUGGUCGGCGGUACCAGCAAACAUCUCUAAGCCAGAGGACUAUCGAGCAUUAGUCGGCAUCCCCGUUAUUGGUAGGCCCAUGGAUCGAGAUGGCAGCUUCAACCUGGAAACUUCCCACCUGACUGUCGAAUGCGAGCCCUUCGAGACGACGAUCGUGGGCAAAUACAACUACACUGAAUUGCAGAAGCUUGUGCCUGGUCAGAUAUGGCAGAAUAUGUCCGAGACCGACAGCCCUUGGAGCCAAAAGAAUGCUGUUGGAGGGAAAACCGCGACAUUCUUCCUGCAGACCGAUCUUCCUCUAAGUCAGGGGGACGACGGCCGAUUCGACGCCUACGCAGGGUACGUGAACACAUCUGCAAAUGCUCAACCGUACCCGAAACGAAAAAUCACGUAUGCUUCGACGGUUGGCUUCGAGCCUCUAGGGAACACGACCUUGAACUUCGCAAACUGCUCGUUGGGUCAGAUUCACAUCGAGACUACGGUCGAGUGUACCAUGGAUAAGUGCUCUGCUGUCCAACAACGUCGGUCGUUGAUAGACACUCGCGAUGAGAAUGUCACCCCGUUCGACCAUAUCUUGAUUGCGCAGCUUGCACUGAAAGCUUUCCCGAAAACCUUUGGCUGGUCGAGAGGAUCCAACCCGACCGAACAGUUCCUUUUCAACGCCACUGCAUUUCAGUUUGUCUCUCCCACCUCGAAUUUGGGCGACAACUCAGGAUGGGUAGACUUGGCUCAGUUGAGCACCAAUGUGUUUGCGAAAAGACUGUCGCUCUUGCUGAACACAUAUUAUCAACUCACAAUUGCGCCAAAUGCGUACCUAGGCAACCUGCCCCAAAACAACUACUCGGCCUUUGGACUCGACACUGCUCCAGUCGAUGAUGUCAAUGUCUAUUUAUCUAGCAACGUCACCACCAAGAACACGACUUUCGUGGAUUGGUAUUUUCCGUUCCAAGACAAAACAUACGCGUCAGGGAUCUACUUCAUCGGAGCAACUACCAAUUCGACGGUCAGUAAGACACACGCUAUCUUUGUGUGCAACUUCGCUUGGCUCGGUCUUCUUAUUGCGGCAGCUGCGACUAUCUUUGCGACUGGAGUGGCGUCCCUCGUGCUCAAGUGGAAGACUCUCGGUCCAGAGAUGUUCGGUUUCGUCACUAGCAUGACUUACGAGAAUCGCUUCGUCAACAUCCCCAAUGGAGGCACCAUGCUAAAUGGUAUGGAACGCGCAAGGUUAUUGAAAGAUGUCGAGUUCUGCGUGGGAGAUGUCAGAGGCGAUGAUGAUGUUGGCCACAUCGCAUUCGCAGCUGGCGUUCCAUUGAGAAAGUUGGAGCAUGGGCGCCUGUACUGUUGA